CCGCACAGUGUUUAACUUAUUCAUGUACACGUAUUUUAAUUUCAACAAAUUUUGACAUAAGUAUCGCUUAAUGUGUUUGAAGGAAAAUGCUUAAAUGGUGACACAUGUUGUUAAAUAGCGAUUAUUUGUAAAUUCAAUGAAAUAGUAAUUGAGACAUGAGAUGUUAAUUGAUAAUUUAAAAGAUCCGAUAUUAAUUUACUGAUCUUAGAAAUCCAAUGUACGUUCUCCGCCUGUAAGAGGAUCUCGGGAUAUGUGAGAUGACUGUGUGUCGUUAUCUCUAUGUAGUACAAAUAAAGGACUGAUAAAACUUUACUACUAAUGAAAUAGGAGACUUGAAAUUGUCGAUUGCAUAGUGUUGAUAUCUGAAGGUAUGUACAAAGAUAAAGUGUAUUUAUAAAUAUAUUUAUGAUGUCUACAAGGAAGGAUGUAUGUGUGGAUUGUUUUAUCAUGCGAUAUUCAAACUAAUGAGUCAAAUUUAUCCUGAUGGACCAAGACAUACCACAUUCCCAUAAGCAGAAUUGCUGGAAGAACUUCAGGAAGAUAUUUAUAAUUCUACUUUUAUCGUGUUGUUUCUUUUUACUUUUCUGGAAUAUAAAUAUCCCGUACACAAUUACUAUGACAGGAGACGAUAUAUUUGUAAAUAAUGUAUCAAUGAACAAUAUAUCUGGAUUAGUUUACUUAAAAAAAAUAUAUAAGACACUUGUAUUACCUACGCCGUCGCCACACAUAAAUCCACAUGACUUUAGAUAUAUCAUUUUAGAAAAAAAUACAUGUCAAACAAAUAAUAAGUCGGUGUUUCUAGCCGUGAUUGCUUGUGUAGCUCCGGCAAAUUUCAGACAACGAAUGACAAUUCGGGAAACUUGGGGAUCUAUUGCAAACACGAACAAAGAAAUAGCAGUGGUAUUUAUGCUAGGAAAGACUUCAGAUUCAAUUAUUCAACAGCAAAUACUUAAUGAAAGCAACGCUUAUCAUGACAUUAUUCAGGAGGAUUUUGUAGAUUCUUAUAGAAAUUUGUCCUAUAAAUCCGUCGCCAUGUUGAAAUGGUCAUAUACAUAUUGUCCGUCUGCUAAAUACGUGCUAAAAGCUGAUGACGAUAUGUUUGUAAAUUUAGAAUAUUUAUUAAAUGUUUUAAAACACAAACGCUUAAAAGAUACUGUGAUUGGAAUGCAAAUAACAGGCGCAAGACCAAUUCAGGAUAAGAGUUCAAAAUGGUACACACCGAAAGAAUUAUUUAACGGAACUGUGUAUCCACCAUAUUGCAGUGGAACUUCAUAUGUGAUUUCAGGUGAUUCAGUUGAAAAGUUAUACACUGCGAGUUUAGAUACGCCUUAUUUUUGGUUAGAGGAUAUUUUUAUCACUGGAAUAUGUAGAACAAAGGCAAAUAUUAAAAUAAGCAACGACUAUGGUUUUACUUAUGAUAAACCAACAGCUUCAGGGUGCGUUUUUAGGAGUCGAAUAACUGGACAUCGAUAUAAUGAGAAUGAAAUAAGAAAAAUAUGGACAGAGUUAGUGGAUAGUUCAAUAUCAUGUUAUCCGACUCAUGUUAAUACUAAGGCUGUUUCGUCAAAGAGUUAAAAGAGGAGUUGUUAUAUUUGCUUUAUAGUAAUGUUUUAUUUACAGUAACGAUUAAAUGGAAUUACAAUCAAAUGCAAGCAACUGUUGGGUUUGUAGGAGUUAGGCACUUAGCAAGGAAUUUUGGAUCCUUGCGAUAUAUUUAUAUAUUUUUUAUAAUUGCGACACUUUUCUCUUUUUGGAUUGUUUCUCAUAUACUUUGUUUUUCUAUUGUACACUUGACUCAUAAUUUUAUCACUUCGCUUUUCGGUACAUCAUAAUUUUAUUUCAAUUUUCCUCUUAAUGUAUACCCGACCUCUAAAAAGAAAUUUGUUACAUGUUUUAAUGAGCAUAAUGAGGAGAAGUAUUUGAGUCGGCAAUAAGAGUGUGCACCAGUUUUUUAAAGGUAAACAAAACACAUAUUGAUUGUCUCGUAUACAUAAUUAUACAAGUUGCAAAAAGCUACAUUUACAAGUUACUUCUUUCUACGGUUUUUAUUUAACCCUAUCGGCGAUCUAUAAUAUUUAAGAAUAAUAAAGGAGCCAGCUGUUACACUCAUUUAAAUAUGUUGUUAAUUCAUUAUUGGGCAACUUACAGUAAAUGUUACAAAUAAUAAUUAUUGAUGUUUAUGAAGCUUUUAUAGAUGGUUAAACAGAGUCAUGUGACUUUAAAUGUAGAGGUGAUUUAAUGAGUAAAGAUAUCCAAACUUUUA